AUGGUUGACGACGUCAUCCGUGGCUUUGCAGAUCUCAUCUCGCGAUCCAACGUCAAGUACGAGAAGUUUCAUAACAUUCAGCAUGUUUUCUGCAAGACGAACCUGGAGGCACAAGGGAUACACACCGUUCGUUGGCUGUCACGUGGUGAGGCCGUCCGACGCUUCCUCGAGAUCCUGUCUGCAGCCAUCGUGGUGCUCAAAGAGGACAACAAUGACCUGUACGAGAUUGCCACAUCGUUCAAGUUUCAGUGGUUGCUCCGGCUGCUUGCUGACGUGUUGUGGGAGCUGAACCAUCUGAACCAACGGUUCCAGCAACGGCAGAUCGACGUCACGCUCGUGUCUCAUUUCGUGGACCAGACACGGAUGCGCAUGAAGAACCGGUACUUAAACUUUGAGCCGGAUCAUCACUUCGGGAGUGGAGAGAAGAUGACACUGAACGACUUCAUUCAGCGCCAUCAGAAGAUGGACAAGCGGGAGGUGAAGGCAGAGGGCGUGGACAGUGACGGCAACCCUGUGAAAUUCAGCUACACGCUGCACGAGAAUCCCAUCGAAGGGUAG